AUGGCCUUCAAGCUGAGCGGCAAAAGCGCCAAGGAAAUAGCCGCAUUCAUCGGGCUGCUCGGAAUGAUGCACAUCUCCUACUACACCAUCCAAAACUCCUCAAUGGUGCACCCGGAUGCACGACAAGAGCUUUUCUAUGUACGCUGGCUGAAGGAAAAAUUCCCGGCAUUGAAACCAUACGGCGUCAAAGAGCCCGACCACCCACCAAAGCAU